AUGGGACGUCUACAGGUAGCUAUUGAUCGAGGCGGAACAUUUACUGAUGUUGUUGCUCGUACAUCAGAUGGCAAAAUUGUUACAAUGAAGUUAUUAUCCGAAGAUCCGGGAAAAUAUAAAGAUGCACCUACUGAAGCCAUACGCCGAUUACUGCAACAAAAUUGCUUUCCACUUGAUCCGACUGAUAUCGAGUGGAUUCGUAUGGGCACAACGGUCGCAACAAAUGCAUUACUCGAACGAAAAGGUGAACGCGUUGCUCUACUUGUGACGGAUGGUUUUCGUGAUUUACUUCAUAUUGGAAAUCAAUCUCGACCGAAAUUAUUUGAUUUAUCAGUUCGUAUACCGGAUGUUGUGUAUGAAGAAGUUGUUGAAGUUCAAGAAAGAGUUGUACUUUUUCGUGAUGAUUGUAAAUUAACUGAUGAAAUACGAGGACGUAUUCAACAAACAACAGCAACAACAGGCGAAAAAAUUGAAAUAUGGAAAGCAGUUGAUGAAGAACAAUUACGUAAAGAUUUGCUUAGCAUUAAAGAAAAAGGUAUUUCAUCGAUUGCUGUUGCCCUUCUUCAUUCGUAUUGUUUUCCUGAUCAUGAACUACGUGUUGGUGAAAUAGCACGUGAUAUGGGUUUUACCAAUGUAUCUCUAUCACAUCAAAUAAUUGCUAUGCAAAAAUAUGUACCAAGAGCUCACACAGCUUGUACUGAUGCGUAUUUAACGCCUUGUUUAAAACUAUACAUUGAUACAUUUUCAAAUGCUUUUGAAAGAAGCAAACUUCAUGGACUUAAUGUUCUGUUUAUGCAGUCAGAUGGGGGUUUAACAUCAGUUGAGAAGUUUUCUGGAUCACGUGCAAUUCUUUCUGGACCUGCAGGUGGUGUCAUUGGAUAUUCAGUAACAAGUUAUAUCGAUUCACAGCCAGUCAUUGGUUUUGAUAUGGGCGGAACAUCGACAGAUGUGAGUCGAUUUGAUGGUUCACUUGAUCAUGUUCUCGAAAGUACAAUUGCAUCGGUUACUAUUCAAGCGCCACAAUUGGACAUUAAUACAGUAGCUGCUGGAGGUGGCAGUAUAUUAACUUUUCGUUCAGGUCUAUUUCGCGUUGGCCCAGAAUCAGCUGGUGCUCAACCUGGUCCAGCAUGUUAUAGAAAAGGUGGACCAUUGACAGUGACAGAUGCUAAUUUAAUCCUAGGCCGUCUGAUACCAGAUCAUUUUCCAGCAUUGUUCGGUCCGCAAGGCAAUGAACCAUUAGAUUUUGAAGCAUCGUUAACUAAAUUUCAAGAAUUAGCAGCAACAAUAAAUUCAUUUUUGAAAGAAAAUGAAAAGAAAACAUUGAGUAUUGAAGAAAUAGCUGUGGGAUUUGUUCGUGUAGCUAAUGAAAGUAUGAGUCGUCCAAUACGAGCAUUAACUGAGGGAAAAGGAUUCGAUCUUCGCGAUCAUGUUUUGGCAUGUUUUGGUGGUGCUGGUGGUCAACAUGCUUGUGCGAUUGCCCGAGCUUUAGGCAUGAAAACUGUAUUUAUUAGUCGAUUUGCUGGUGUUCUCUCAGCUCUCGGUUUAGCAUUAGCUGAUGUUGUUCAUGAAAUGCAAGAGCCAUCAGGAAAAGUAAUAAGCUCAGAGAAUUGGUCAAACAUCAAUGAUCGAUUGAAAUAUCUCUCAAAUUUUGGAAUCGAAGAACUUCAUAAACAAGGACAUGAUCGUAAAUCGGUUGUUGUAGAAAAAUAUUUAAAUCUACGAUAUGAAGGAACAGAUUGUGCACUUAUGUGUGCAAGCACUGAAGGAACAGCUGAUUCAUUCAUAAAUAUUUUUCUUAAAAAAUAUAAAGAUCAAUUCGGCUUCAUACUUCCUGGUCGUCCAAUAAUUGUCGAUGAUAUUCGAAUUCGUGCAUUAGCAAAAUCAGCGAUGACCAUCGAUCGAAAAAUUGAUGUUCGACAACAAGAAAAUCCUGUCAAAGAAUUAAAAAAAGUCAAAUGUUAUUUCGAACAAGGCUUGAUUGAAACACCUGUUUAUGCUGUUGAAGAACUAUAUGCUAAUGAUCGUAUAUCCGGUCCAGCUAUUAUUAUUGAUCCUAGUUGUACCAUCGUUGUUGAACCAAAUUGCGAAGCUACAGUAACAGAUUGUGGCGAUAUUCGUAUAGCCAUUGAACAUAUGAAAGAAGAUACUAAAUCAACUGAACUUGAUCUUAUUAAACUAUCAAUUUUUCAAAAUCGUUUCAUGAGUAUUGCAGAACAGUGUGGUCGUGUUCUUCAAUUAACUGCUAUUUCGACCAAUAUCAAAGAACGUCUAGAUUUUAGUUGUGCUGUCUUUGGACCUGAUGGUGGUUUAGUUGCCAAUGCUCCUCAUAUUCCAGUACAUCUUGGUGCAAUGCAAGAAGCUGUACAAUAUCAAUUACGUCAUCUUGGCGUCGAACUACGUGAUGGAGAUGUAAUUUUGUCAAAUCAUCCAUCAGCUGGAGGAAGUCAUUUACCGGAUCUAACUAUCAUUACACCAGUAUUUCAUGACGAUGACAAAGAAAAACCAGUAUUUUUUGUUGCCAGUCGUGGUCAUCAUGCUGACAUUGGUGGUUUAACUCCGGGCUCGAUGCCACCUAAUUCAACAUCUCUACUUCAAGAAGGCGCACAAUUUAUUUCAUUUAAAAUUGUUGAGCAAGGUCAAUUUAAAGAGACAGAACUCAUUGAACGAUUGAAUGAACCAGGAAAACAAGAAAACUGUUCAGGAACGAGAACAUUAAUGCAUAAUAUUGCUGAUUUAAAAGCACAAAUAGCUGCCAAUCUGAAAGGCGUUAAAUUAGUUCAAGAAUUAAUCGAUAUUUAUAGUCUUAAACUGGUUCAAGCUUACAUGGGAUACAUUCAAGAUAAUGCUGAAACAGCUGUAAAGGAUUUACUACAAACAAUAGUACAUUCUCUAUCGAAAAAAGAGAAUCAAGAGAAAGUUCGAUUACAAGCUGUUGAUUAUAUGGAUGAUGGUUCUAAAAUUUGUUUAUGUAUUGACAUAGAUGGACAAGAACGUAAAGCUAAAUUUGAUUUUACGGGUACAAGUGAGCAAGUAUGGUACAAUUGGAAUGCACCGCGUUCAAUUACUUAUUCAGCUAUUAUCUAUUGUCUUCGAGCUAUGAUUGCUCAUGAAAUACCAUUAAAUCAAGGAUGUAUGAGACCAAUCGAAGUUAUUCUUCCCAGAGGUUCACUUCUUGAUCCGCAUGAAGAUGCUGCAGUUGUUGGAGGAAAUGUUUUAACCAGUCAACGUGUAGUCGAUGUUAUUCUUCGUGCAUUUCACGCUUGUGCUGCAUCACAAGGAUGUAUGAAUAAUAUUACUUGGGGUGAUAAUCAAGCAACGAGUUAUUAUGAAACAGUUGCUGGUGGAGCUGGUGCCGGACCUAAUUGGCGUGGACGUUCAGGAGUUCAUACACAUAUGACCAAUACUCGAAUUACUGAUCCUGAAAUUCUUGAGAAACGUUUUCCGGUUGUUUUACUUAAAUUUUGUCUACGUCCCUCGUCAGGUGGCAAAGGACAAUUUCAUGGAGGUGAUGGCGUUGAUCGACGAAUAUUAUUUCGUCGUUCAAUGACACUAUCAAUUCUAACAGAACGACGUGUAUACCAACCCUAUGGUUUAUGCGGAGGAGAAAAUGGUCAAUGUGGAAAGAAUCUAUUGAAACGCGUCGAUGGACGAGUGAUAAAUUUAGGUGGAAAAUCUUCUGUACCUAUGAAACCUGGCGAUACAUUUAUUUUACUUACACCUGGUGGUGGUGGUUAUGGAAAAGUACAUGAAGAACAAGAGAAUCCUUCGGAGCGAACCGAAUUUCAAACGUUCACCGAACAUGGAAGUUUAUUUGAUUAUAAACUUACUCAAGAAGGAUCCUAA